AUGAUUACAAAUAAAGAGCCUACUUUUGGGAGAUUGUUAAGAUUUUUUUAAAAGAAUUAAUUAUUGUGGUAUUAGCAUAUUAUGAGGAUCAUAUCCUUAUUAAAGCAUAGUUUGUAUUCUUUAAUUAAUUCACAUGCAUCUUGUCUACGAACUCGCUUUAACCCUAUUACACAAAAAAUUGAAUUAAUUGGAUAAGCAAUCAUUUAUUAUAUGUGCUGUCUCUAUUAUUUUAGCGAGCUAAAUACUUGUAGCUUAAUAAUCAAAUUUAUUUGAAGUAAUUUGGCCCUGUUAUUUCAUUGUCGGGAUUAUCAAUGCAUUGUUUAUCAUUAAAGUUAUCUGAUUAUUUAAUAAAUUUAAUGAUUAAAUUGAAAAAUUUAGAGAACUUAUAUAAAAACACUUUCCAAAUUAAAAAAAAGUAAAAAUUUAAAUUAUAAGUUGUUUAAACAUAAAACAUAAUAAAGAGCCAGAAUCAAAGAAAGAUUUGCAAAAAUUAAAAAUUAUUUAAUUCCAGAGGCUCGACUUAUUAUUCAAUGUAGAAGGUAUUUUGUAUUGAACCAAUUUAUUUGAUUCUCCAAUUCGAAUCUACUUCACUCUUCCCAUAUCUAAAAUCAUUUUUCAAGAAUAAGACCAGUGAAAAUUACUCUAAAUUAAUAAUCUGA